GGGCGCUGAAGCAACAUGUUGGAUACCAAAGAAGAAGAAGAAGAAGAAGAAGAAAACAGCCACGCCUAAUUUAAUUAUCCAUCCAACUGAUUGCUGUCCGGACAAUAACCCAAAACUCAACGGAACACUGAGGAAAUAACUUUCAGACAUGUUAUUGCUGUACCUGACACUGUCCUGCGUCGCGUUUGCUAAUUGUGCUGAGAAUGUAAUAAGGUAUUAUGGGGGAUAUUACUCCUUUAAUAUUCGUAGAAAGGCCGAAUAUCUGGAGUUCAUUCCUCUUCACAGUGUAGACCUGCCAAAGGUCCUGUGGAAUCGCUCCGACCCUGCGACAAAUACGGGAGGAAGAGGGCAGUUGAAGCGUAACGAAUGGAAAAUGGAAAACCUCAAUCAGGAUGACAAUGGCCACUACAAAAUCAGAGGAAAAGAAAAAGAUGUGAUGUCUUGGGUGUGGCUCGAAGUAAAAGCAACCAUGAACUACUAUGAAGCAAUGGAGGAUGAGAUGCUAGUCAUACAUUAUCCUUUUCCUGAUACCCCAUGGACUGUGACUUUUAAACCCAAGGGGGAGAACCAAGAGAAAAUAAUUUUGAAACCAGUCAAAAGGUAUGGAUCGGACCAUUGGACUCUACCACAUAGGACUCAACUUUGGGACUAUGGCAUAGAGAUUAAUCCUGUGGAACUCUCUGACUCCGGCACUUUUGAGUUCAGAGACCCGGAAGGCCACCUGGCUAAGAUUGGGGAUGUUGUGGUAUUGGAGAAAACAGACAAUACUUUUGUUAAUGUUGGUGUUGCUGUUGGAAUAUUCUUUGCACUGUUAGUCGGCUGUUGCUGUGUGAAAAAGUGCUGCUGUAAAAAGAGCUCCUCUAAAGGGGUGGAGACGGCUCCUCCCACUGCAGCUGGACUGGGAUCAUAUAACCCUGCUGUGAAUCAACCUACAGGGCAAAAUUAUACUGCUAGACCUGCUACAAGUUACUCUUAUCAGCCUUAUUCCCUACCUCCCAGAGAACCUACAGCUGAGCCACCGGUGUACAACCCAGUGAACGUCCAUGUGAGCCCCCUUCAACCUGAGGUACAAACACAUACAAAGGAUGCACCUCCAGGAGGGCAAGGAGUCGAUCGAACCUCCACACUUGGCUCUGAUUUCCUCUCCUCAGACCCUGGACCAAGAUUUGAGCUGAGACUGACUUCCCCUUUCCCCCUAAGUGCAGAAUCAAACUUCCCUCAUGUUUAUACCUCUGAUAAACUCAAGUUUUUGCAAGAGGCACAAUAAAAAUGUCAUGAGAUGCAGAGUUUUAAUUCAGCAUUGUGCUUUGUUACUAGCCUUAUUAGUACUUUAUUGGGUCUGAAUAAUAGGUGUGAUAGGUGCACACAAUGAGGAUCAUUUAGAAAAACAAAACAUCACACAUUUACCCUUUGUUUACACAUGACCAGACUGUGGGAUAAAAACCAACAACAACCUGCUGUCAACAAAGGGUUUUGAAACCAGUACAAAAUCAACUCUUGAUAACUGUUUGCUACUCAAUGGUAGAGGGUUAAUUUUAAUUUGAAGUCAUAAUUCAAUUAAAAUUGGAUCCUACAAAUGAUGAGGUAUUUUGUUCACAGGUAAGAAAGAAUAAAGUUCACUUGGUGUAAACACUGUAUUUUUGCUGUGGAGGGAACUGCCUUUACACACAGCAUAACUUGUGUUAUUUACAAUAUGAAUGCCUUUGCCAUUCACUCAGGGUAUUUUAAAAAUACAUCAUGUACACUCUGCCUUUACCAUUCUGCCAAAUACAUUUAAGGGCAUAGAGAGAAGACAGUACUAUGAGGACUGAAAGUGAAUCUGUGUAGCAGAUUUGAAAAAUAGAGGAUUUAAAACACACUUAAACACUCGGGGAUUAUGAACCACUAGACUCAGCAUCCAAACUGCUUUACUGAAAUAAAUAUCAAUAUUUUUACAUAGUUGUUUCUUGCCGAUAUUGUACAAAUUCUGCCUCGGAUAUAUCAGCGUGCCUGUGUGGCUUUAUCAUUACGUUCUCAGAAAUGAUGUGAUAUUUUUAUUGGGGUUUCUCUUUGUCAAAAUGUUAAUACAACAGGAAACCGUUACACUCGAUAUGUUUUGUUGUUUACUUGUAUAUUUUGUGUAAGGUGGAGCUUUUUGACCAGAAGUUCUUCUUGUGGUUUUGAGAAACUACCUGCUUGUUAAGCCAUCAUAUCAAUUUUAAAACCAUAGUCAAAUCAAAACAAACAGCUGUCUGUUUGAAUUGUAAAAGAGUGUUACUAUAUUUUGACUGGUGUUUUUUAACAUAGUAUUUCUCGUGGUUUUUUUAAUGUUAAAAAAUGAAUUGCCUAACUGGUGCCGGGUACCUGGCAUCCUCCUUGCUCUGCCACCUCUCCUGCAUGUGUGUGGUUGUUUGUGCAGGUAUAUCGUAGAUGCUUGAGCAUGUAUAUCCUCUGUGUGUGUGUAAUGUGUGUGUAAAUACCACAGAGUGGGGAAAGAAAUUUCCCUUCAAGGUAUUAAUAAAGUAUGUCUUAUUUUUCUUCUUCUUCUGGACUGUAUUGAAUCCCAGAGAAAAGCUGCUAUUACCUGUAUUUACCAAGGUAAUGUAAUGUUGUGUCAAAUUUCAUCCCAACCACAUGUUUGCAUUAGUGUAAUGUAUGUAUGUAUGUAUGUCAAUAGAAACGAAAGUAAAAGUAUUAACACAACCAUA